AGUUUCUCCUGCUAAAAAUUCCUCCCGCGUGUCCAUAAAUAAAGAAAAUACCCCUUACUUCCUUCCCCUUUCAUCAUCUCCCUCUCUCUCUCUCUCCUUCUGCCAUGGUCUCUGCUAACAAGCACCACCCUCUUCCUCCACCACCCCAAAACCCUAAAAACCCUAACUUCCCCACCACCGGCGACAGCGAUGGCAAAGACCCACCGUCGCUCCCCACCCACAUCAGCCAAUCGUCAUCGUCCAAAACCCCCCUCACCAUCGACGGCUCCGAAGAAGACACGGCCCUCCGCCUCUCCGGUUCGCUGACUCGGGAAGAAGUCCUGCGACGCCGCUCCCGCCGAGUCAAGCAACUCGCCAGGUACUACAAGAGCCAGUACUGGGCCCUGAUGGACGAGGUCAGGGCCCAGUACCGAGGGUAUUAUUGGAAAUACGGGAAAAGCCCUUUCAAGGAAGAAGGAGAUAGCGCUGCCGCCGCUGCUGAAGGGAGCGGCGAGAAUAACGGUGAUUUCAGGAAUGGUUGCGGUGGCAGUGGCGACAGCAUGAAGAAAUGCGCUUUUGGGGGGUGUAAGUCGAAGGCAAUGGCGCUGACGAACUAUUGCCAUUCUCACAUACUUUCAGAUAGCAAGCAAAAGCUAUACAAGGCUUGCAGCUAUGUUAUCAAGAGUGCGCAAACUGGACAAGUUAUUUGUGGGAAGCCAGUGCUGAGAGCUGCUGUGCCCUCCCUUUGUACCGUUCACUUCCAAAAGGCUCAAAGACACGUCUCACAGGCUUUGAAGAAGGCAGGCCUUAGUGGUUCCUCAUCCAACAAGCCAGCUCCAAAAUUUCACGUCAUAGUUGCAGAAUAUGUUCACCAAAUCCAAAACAGAAGAAGAGAAGCACGGAAUGCAGCCAUUGAGAAUGAUGCAAUUAGAGAUGAAAAUGGUGGUUGACUGUUUUAGGCUUGUGGAUGCAAUUUCAAUCUGGAAUAUAUCUAAUCAUUUAGCAGAAGUUCAUAUCCUUGGAUACGAAGUCUCUCCACCAAUCUGAGCUGAGCGUAACAUGAAUGCAGCAGAGGUCUCUCGGUUGAGGAGCUUUAGAGCCAAUUUAAGGUGGCAUAAACAGAAAGGAGAUCCCGAAGCAGUAAUAUUGACAUGCAAUGUUAUGACUAUAUUGUUGCGGUCAUUGACAUGAAUGGAGAUAUUUCUUGCACAAUCAAUUUGGCUGUUCCAAUGGUGAUGGGUGCUGGUAUUUUCUUCUAUGAUGGUGACUUUUGUGAAGUGCAGAUGUGAAUAGGAAGUACAGAGGCUAUUGUAGUUGUGGAAAUGAGCCAAAGUUGGUGUGAACUUCACAGUUAGUGCAUGGGCCAGUAUGGUGGUUUUUAUGAUUCAGUAUGCUCAUUUACCACCCCGAGCUGUCUUAGAUUUUUGCAAUCAACAUCUUGGAGCAAUUAAUGGCAUGCAUACAAGCACUUUCGUGCCAGCGCGUAAACAACAAAUACCAUAUUGAGAGGGAAAAUCAAUACAACCUAGAAUAUCAUGUGUGCAUGUGACUUUGACAUGUAUUUCACAUUUGUCUUAGCUAGGUGGGAAGGAUCAGCUAAUUACGUACGAGUCGUUGUGGAAGUUAUUACAAAUCUAGUGUUGGACUUUCCAUGCCUUUUUGAAGAAAAGUAUUAUGUCAUCGACUCUUGGUACACAAAUAUGCUCGGGUUUCUAGCAUCAUAUAAACGAGAGCGUCGUCAUCUAAACGAGUGCAUCGAACAACAAGAGAGCUUUUCAAUUACGUUCACCCAUCACUUUAUAAUAUAAUUGAGAGAUGCUUCAGAGUACUGAAAACAUGCUUCCCCAUCCUAAAAUUGAUGCCUUCUUAUCACUACGAAAGUAAAAGGCGUACUAUAAUAGCUUCAUGCGCAGUGCAUAAUUUCACAAGGCAUCAUGCUCUACAAGACUUAAUAUUUGAGAUGUACCAAAGAGAGGAUAGAGUGAUUCUAGAUGAAAGUGUUGACCCUUCUACUUCAAAUGUGGAUUCAACUCAACAGCGACGACGUAAUAUGGGAAUACUUCGAGAUAACAUAUGUAGAUAAAUGGCACAACUCUAUGGAUUGCCUUUUUAAAUCCAUCCAUGCUUAUGGCGUUUUAUUAAACUCUUAAAUAUUGACAUUUUAUGAAUUUCGAAUUGUUUUUUAAUUGAGGACUUUGUUGUUGUAUAAGAGUACUGAGAAGGAUGAGUAACAAUAUUAAACCAGUUUCGUUGUGUGUGUUUUUUUAAUCUUUACAAUUAAUCUUUGCCCUAUUUUUCCUAAUAUUUUAUAUUGUGUUUGAUUGCACCAGAUAUCACGAAAUUUCAUUAUUAGUUAGUCUAAUUUGGUGCAAAAUAUCAUGAAAUUUCAUGAAUAGCAAAAGUUGGCCUCACAUGAUGGAUGGUGGAUGUUAAAGAUGGACUCCACAUGAGUAAGAAAAAAUUGGAAGAGAUUUUUUUUUUUUUUUUAAACAACGGAAGAGAGGAGAAAGAGGAGAGAGAUUAAUGGUAGAGAUUUAAAAAUUACUAGUGUGAUAUUGGAAACCAAAGAAACUUUUCUACUUUUUAGUUGACAAGUAUGUUGUUUACCAAACAUACGUAUCCACUGAAUAAGUAGAAACCAAGAUAAGUUGCUUGAGAGAUAAGUAACUUAAGCAAAAUGACUUUGAGAGCAUAGGGAUAAAAGGAACCAUAAACUCAAAUGGCAUCAAAGACUAUGGUAUAGAUGCUUAGGAUUAAGAUAUCUAAAGUGAAAGUAGCUUUGAGAAAAAUGAAAAUAGGAAAGGUGCUCAGACUGAAUGGUAUAACAAUGGAGGUUUGGAAGUGUAUGGAAGAUAUUGGGUUAUUUUGAUUGGCAGUUUCUCUCGAUUGUAAGAUCAAAGAAAAUGCUAAAUGAACAGAGGAAAAAUACUGUGGUGCCUAUUUAUAAGAAUAAAGGAGAUAUAAAGAUCUGCACUAACUAUUGUGGUCUUAAACUUAUUGUCCAUGUUAUGGAACUCUGGGAGAGUGAUUGAGCAAAGACUGAGGCAUGCGACAAAUGUAUAAGAACAUCAGUUUGGUUCCAUGCCUAGGAGGUCACCACUGAGGCCAUUUUCUGACUUAUACUAUUGAUUGAGAAAUAUAGGGAGAGGUGGAAGGAUCUCCACAUGGUCUUUAUAGAAUUAGAGAAAGUAUACAAUAGUGCCCCUAGGGUGUUAAUCUUGUGGGUGUUGGAAAGGAAAGGAAUUUCAAGAGGAUAUAUUGGCAUGAUUAAGGAUAUGUAUGAGGGAGCAGUAACAAAUGUGAGGAUACCUAGUGAAGAGAAGUGAGUUCCCAAUUACAAUAGGCUUGCACUAUGAGACAACAUUGAGCCGGUACUUUUUUUUUUUGGUUUACAUUGGUUAUGGAGGAGUUGACAAGGUAUUUGUAGGAAU